UGCUCGCCGUGCGCGUACACACACACACACACACAGGACGAAAUGACUGUGCGCGGGGCUGGAGGAAGCGGGCGCAUGUCCGCUAUUUACGAACACCCACUGUCCUGACGGAUCGAAAGAGCUCGGCGUUUUGGGUUUUGGCAUGUUUGGGUCAGCGAGCGGAGCUGAAACAUGGCGCCGUCGGGCUCGCGCAGCGCCAAGCGGAAGUGUCAGCGAGUAGUGCACUGGAUCCCCGUGCUGUUCGUGUGCGCGCUCGUGGCGUGGUCCUACUACGCGUAUGUGGUACAGCUCUGCGUAGAAACGAUUGAAAACAUGGGAGAGAAAGUAGUUUACCUCAUGGCAUACCAUGUCUCCUUCAUCAUGUUUGUAUGGUCAUACUGGCAAACCAUCUUCACCAAACCAAUGAACCCACUCAAAGAGUUCCACCUGUCACACACUGACAAAGAACUGCUGAAGCAGGAGGAUCGCUCUGAAUCUCAACAAGAGAUUCUGAGAAGAAUAGCCAAGGAUUUACCCAUAUCCACUCGCACAACGUCUGGAGCUAUUCGCUACUGUGAUCGGUGCCAUCUGGUGAAACCUGACCGAUGUCAUCACUGCUCAGUCUGUGAUAAGUGCGUCUUGAAGAUGGAUCACCACUGUCCAUGGGUGAACAACUGCGUGGGCUUUUCAAACUACAAGUUUUUCACACUUUUUCUUGCAUACUCGUUGCUCUACUGCCUGUUUAUCACUGCGACAGACCUGCAGUACUUCAUUCAGUUUUGGACUAACGGCCUGCCAGAUACUCAAGCCAAGUUCCAUAUCAUGUUCCUGUUCUUUGCCGCCUCCAUGUUCUCAGUUAGCCUGGCUUCUCUGUUUGCUUAUCACUGCUGGCUAAUUUGCAAAAAUAGAUCCACCUUGGAGGUCUUCCGUGCACCUGCCUUCCUUCAUGGAGCUGAAAAAAACGGCUUCAGUCUCGGAGUAAGCAAAAAUUUCUGCCAGGUCUUUGGGGAUGAAAAGAAAUAUUGGCUUCUGCCUGUGUUUUCCAGCCAAGGCGAUGGAUGCUCCUUCCCCACGUGUCUCGUGAACCCUGACCCAGAACAGCCUGCCUCACCAUCUGGACAUGCUGUCAAAAGUGAUGGAGAAACCCAUCAAUUUCCCUCUAAACCUCUGAGAGAAUCUCAAAGCCGACUGCUGAGCAAUGGACAGACCUGGACUGAGAAUGAUGAGGCGGAGGAACAAGACAGAGAAGGAGCAAGCAACCCGGCCAUGACUAUAGAGAAAGAAACAUAGUUUGGUGUCAUUGCUGACUUGUUUAAUGAAACAAGAUCCCUUUGUGGUCCUGUGUGUUUUCUGUGGAACAAUGAAGACACUUCUUUGUGCUGCAGGGAGGCUUCUGCUACAGGAAACGGCCACUGUCCAGUGGGUUUCCAUGUAAUUGCUUGAACAAGGUGCUUCUUAUUAAAAGCUGACUUUGCAGUGUUACCAGAGUGUCUAUAAUCAUUAGGACCUCUACAGUCUUUUCUACAAAGGAUGAAGACUUUGUGUGUAUAUUGUGCCUAAAUCAACACAGAAAAAGGUGCACUCUGAGUUACAUCAAAUAAUCACUUGAUGACUAACAGCUAAUGCCUUGUUUAUACCUUGUGAACUCGAACUUGAAUAUGACUUUGGGGUGAAACGUCGUGGUUUUGUGCAUGCUGUGUGGUGCAUAUGUAUGUUACUGAAAGUUACAAAGAAAACCGAGGAAUUCUUAAUGCCUAAUCGGUGUCAUGAGUUGCUGACAAAAUGUAGCAAAGUCCAAUCAAAUGGCACUUUUUUACGCUUCAGUUGUUGCAUGUUUAGGCAGAUGUUUGUAUUUUUAAUGAUGUGCACAUUAUGAUGAUAUGCUGUUUCACUGGCCAUGUGCAUCAUUCGUCAUUCUGAAACCCUUCAACAGAGAAAAUGUGUCGCAGUGUUGAGAUAUUUCAUUCAAGUUUUCACUUACUGUAACAUGAACACACUACAUUUUUUGUGCCGGACUAUACAAACUGGUUUUAAAUCCAAGCCACUAAAGGAAUUAAAGUACACAUGAAACCAGUGAAAUGAUUUCCCCCUCAUAAGCACAGAAAGAGAAUAUGUUCGCUCUUUUGCACUUCAGAUGAGUCAAUAUGUGAAUGCGUUUCAAGCUGCUUGCACUUUUUGGUCAGUGUAAUUAACAGUGCAACGCAUUAAGAAUAAUGUCUGAAAAUGUUGAUUUGUUUUGAUUUUGCGGUUACUGUAAAUGGUUAAAAGAAUUCACUUGUUUCUUUUAGAAAAACAACCAAAAAUGAGGUCUGGCGUGUUGAGAUGAGCAUUUAUAUAACUGUAUGUACAAACCCAUAUAUGAUGCGUGUGGACACCGUUUGAAAUCUGUUUAUACAAUUACCGAAUCAUAUGCAAAAGAGUUUUGUGUUUUUUUGGCACCAACUUAUAACAGUGUGUCUAUUGUGAAAAUAUGGUUUUUUUUGGUGCAUGAAAAACAUGCGAUGUUCCACAUUUCUGAAGAGCAGAGAAUCUGUUUUGUGUCUCAAUAUCUUGUUCUGCACAUACAGUGGCCUCCAGAAUUAUUGGCACCUUUCUUAAAAAUAAUUGAGACCCAAUUUUUAUCUUUGUUCCAAAAAAAAAAAAAAAAAAAAAAGGCUAAUAAUUUACAACUGUGGUAUAUUCUCACAAAUAUAAAUAAUAUGGCGGAAGAUUAUUGACACCCCUAAUGAAUACUGUGU